CUUGAUAAAACUGUACAGAGUUCGGCAUGAAUUAUCUCUCAAAAUGAAAAGACUCACUCCCAAAUUAAAAUUAUUUUAAAGGUCUCAUCCAAGCCAUACACAGUUUUUUACUUUUUUUAACACUCCGCCAAACCAGUUAGUUUCCGCUCUAUCGGCCAUAAUCGAUAGUUAGCGAUAGUCGCCAUGGAUCAGGAUCACUUGAAGAAUGCAAAGAACGCAACCCGCAGGAUUAGUCGCCUGCGAUCGCUGGGAAUCGUUACGGCCGGAGCGGCGGCUUUGCUGGCGGGCAUUACGGCGUACAAGAAGCAGGACCAGCUGGUCCGCACGUUCGUGAUGCCUGCGGUGCGGCUUCUUCCGGCGGAAACCAGUCACCAGCUGGCCGUGCUGGCCUGCAAGUACCGCGUGUGUCCAGUGUCCCAGUACCAGGAUGACCAGAACCUGCACACCCACUUCUUUGGCCGCAUCCUGAGCAACCCUAUUGGCAUUGCCGCCGGAUUCGAUAAGAACGCAGAGGCGGUGGUUGGCUUGCAGGAUCUGGGAUUCGGUUUCAUAGAAGUGGGCACUGUCACCCCCGUCCCCCAAGAGGGCAAUCCCAAGCCGAGGGUCUUCCGGCUGGCCGACGAGCGGGCCAUCAUAAAUCGGUACGGCUUCAACAGCGAGGGACACCAGGCGGUGCUCCAAAGACUCCGCCUGAUCCGCGACAAGGAGGACUUCAAUGGCGUGGUGGGCGUCAAUCUGGGCCGCAACAAGAGCACCAUGAGCCCCAUCGCAGAUUAUGUGCAGGGUGUGCGUGUUUUUGGUCCUGUGUCGGAUUAUUUGGUCAUCAAUGUGAGCAGUCCGAACACCCAAGGUCUGCGGGAUAUGCAGAGCAAGGAUAAGUUAAGGGAGCUGCUGGAACAGGUCAACGACACGCGUUCCUCACUGGACAAGAACAAGAAUGUGCCCAUCUUCCUGAAACUUUCGCCGGAUCUGUCGCUGGACGACAUGAAGGACAUCGUUUGGGUGAUCAUGCGCAAGAAGAGCCGUGUGGAUGGUCUGAUUGUGUCCAACACGACUGUGUCGCGAGAUCAGAUUGAAACCAGCAAACUGGCCGAGGAAGCAGGCGGAUUGAGUGGACCGCCCCUCAAAUCCCGCUCCACGGAGAUGAUUGCCCAGAUGUAUCAGCUCACCGAUGGCAAGGUGCCCAUCAUCGGCGUAGGUGGCGUAACCACCGGUCACGAUGCCUACGAGAAGAUCGAGGCCGGGGCCUCGUACGUCCAGGUCUACACAGCGUUGGUGUACGAGGGACCCGCUCUCGUGGACGACAUCAAGGCAGAGCUGUCGGCCCUGAUCACCCAGCUGGGUCACACCAAUGUGGCGGAUGUGGUGGGCACCAACUACAAAUUCUAUCUGCCCAAGAAAUGAUACGACCUCGCUAUAUUUGAACCAUCUCUCAUUGUCGCCGCUGUUCCAUACAACUAGUAAAUCAAUCGAAUUAUUGUCUAUUA